AAUGAUAUUAUCUAAUGAUAUGGAUCUUGAGGAAUUUGUAAUGUCUAAAGGUGAUUUGAGUAGUGCUAAUCAGCUCCUUAAACUAAAAGAUCAUAUUAACCUUCUUGUUAACCUUCUUUCAACUAAAUCUGAUUCUAAUACUAAAAAAGAUUUUAAAUAUCUAAAAAAAAUUUUGCUUACUGAUAGUGAAUGGAUUACAAUUAAUGAACUUGUAAAAAUUCUUCAACCCUUUUAUGAAGCUACAAAUUAUUUAGGUGCAAGUAACUAUUGCACAUAUUCAGUCUUGGUUCCUAUUUUAAUUGAUCUUAAAAACAGAUAUCAGCCUACAGAUGAUAUUGAGAUAGAAGAUAUUAAUAAUUAUGAUAAUGACGACCAGGAUAUAUUUGAUGAUACAAGUUAUGAUGAGGAGGAAGAUGAGCAGGCUUAUACACCAAUUAAUAUAGACAUCGAUAAGAUUAAAAGUAAUUUGUAUAAUGCAAUAAACUACUAUUGGUCUAAUUUAACAAUACCUAAAUUACUUUUACCUAGUCUUUUGGAUCCUAGAUGUAAAAAUCUAUCGUUCGUCACAUUCACGGAACGGUUUGCUACUGAAAAUCUACUUCGUGAAGAAUAUAAUAGAAUAAAUAAUUUAGAUAAAGAAAAUGUAGUUAGAAUGGAGAUUCAUACAAAAAAACAUAAUACUAAAGGUAGCAUCCUUUCCAUUUUUAAAAAGCAUACGCCAACUAUAAUUGAAGAGAUUUCAGAGUAUUUAAAGUCUAAGGAGAUUGAUUUUGAAUGUGAUCCUUUAGAGUGGUGA